AGAGAGAGCCACUCAACAACACGCAUACAAACCCCGAGCUGUCACAACUAGUCGAGAACUCCAGGAAAAAAAAUGGCCGAAACCCAGACUCUUAACUUUGGACCAGAAUGGCUCCGUGCUCUGUCUGGAGGUGGUGGUGGUGGUGGUGGUGGUGCUGGAGUUGGUGGAAGUAGCAAUGCCAUUGCCUCUCCACCCCUCUCGCCAGCAUUGCCAAAGUAUAAACUUGCAGACUAUCGCUACGGGAGAGAAGAAAUGUUAGCACUUUAUGUAAAGGAUAACAAGAUCCCUAUAGACUUACAUGAUAAGGAGUUCCUGUCCAUACUGCAAGAGGAACCCUUACCACCUCUGGCACUUGUGUCUUUUACAGAGGAGGAGCAGAGAAACUUUUCCAUGUCUGUAAACAGCACAGCUGUACUUCGGCUGACAGGGCGAGGAGGCGGACCAAUAGUUGGGGCACCAAGAGGCCGAAGUACAUCAAGAGGUAGAGGACGGGGAAGAGGCGACGGAGGAUUUUACCAAAGAAGUUUUGAUGAUGUGGAAGGUUUUGGUCGUGGAGGGAGAGAAAUGCACCGCUCUCAAAGCUGGGAAGAAAGGGUAGACAGGCGAUUUGAAAAGCCGGUUCGGAAAGAUCCAGUGGAUCCUGCUCCGGGACAUUUUCAGAUAAAUCACAUUCGAGGCACGUAUGAGGACGGCGGGACAGGGCUGCCCAGGAAGCACGACUUCACGCGGUCAGAGAGUGAGAACUGGCGUACUUCUCGCGAUGAGCAGAACGGUGAGGAUGAUGAGGGCAGUGACCGGUGGUGUUUACCGAGCCCAGACGGGCCUCGGUCAGCAGGGUGGCGGGAACACCCAGACCAACGUCGACGUUUCCCGUUCGACGCAAGAGAAGACGAGCGCGGCUACAGGAGGCAGAGAUCAGGCAGCGGCAGUCUGGACGACGAGAGGGACAGCUUACCAGAGUGGUGCCUGGAGGAUGCAGACGAGGAGGCGGGCACGUUUGACUCCUCAGGAGCUUUUCUCUCUCUAAAGAAAGCAUCAAAGGAGCCAAUUCCAGAAGAAGCAGAGCUUGAUUUCAAACCCUUGGAGGAGUGCGAGGAGGGCCUGGAGGAGCUGGACACAUCGCCCAGACAGACCAAAGAGACCGAUAGAGAGGCCAAAAGAGAAGCUGACAGAAAAGAGUUUUCCAGAGCAUCAGAAGAGACUCCAGCUGUGGUUCCACCUGUUUCUUCAGCAGUCCUGGAAUGCCAGCCCCCUCCACAAAGUUUAGCCCCCAGCCAUCCCCACAGAACAGAAGAGUGUGAGAGACCGGUGGAACAGCAGCCACGGGAGCUACCACCCAAGCCGUGCAAAGCCCCCACGCGUGUCCCCAUGUCCGCUAGCCUUUUGGAGUCUCUCCCUCUGACCCACGUUUCCACCACKCUACCAGAGGUGUCUGCUCCAUCGUCAUCUGUUCAUCUAGCACAGCAGAAGCCCGUGGAAGUCCCUGUGGCCAUGAGCAAUCCCUCACCCUUCACAUCCAGCAUAAUGGCUCCUAUACGCAGGCCUGCCACUGUGCCACACGACACCGAUGAAGACGAGGGACUGAAACACUUUGAGCAAGAGGCAGAAAAGAUGGUGGCAUAUCUACAAGACAGCGUUGUGGACGACGACAGGCUGUCAGCAAAGACUACAGAAAAGCCAAAGCCCGCAGGCCUGCCUCUAACCCARGAAGCAGCUCUUAAAUGGUUUUACAAAGAUCCACAGGGGGAGAUACAGGGUCCAUUCAGUAAUCAGGAGAUGUCGGAGUGGUUUCAGGCUGGUUACUUCACCAUGUCUUUGUUGGUCAAAAGAGGAUGCGAUGAAGUGUUUCAACCUCUGGGGGAGAUGAUGAAGAUUUGGGGGAGGGUGCCAUUUACUCCAGGCCCUGCACCWCCACCUCUACAAUCGGAUGGUGACCAAGAAAGGUUGAAGAGGCAGCAGGAGCUCACGGCCCUCAACCUUUUUCAGUUGCAGCAGCUCCAAUAUCAAUACCUCCUCAGGCAGCAAUAUGCCCAGGCUAUGGCCCAGCAGAAAGCUUUAGUUCUCAACUCCGCUCCUCUUCAGCAGCAGCAGCAGCAGCAACAGCAGAUAAACCACCUUCUACAGCAAUACCAGGCUCUGAAGAUAAGUGCUUCAGAUAGCCUUCUACCUCCUGUCACUCGAUCCCUGUCGGUACCAGACUCUGGUUCUGUGUGGGAAAUGCAGAACCCGUCCUCUCAGGCUUGCUGCACACCGAACCUCCAACAAGCCGCCACAAGCACAUGGGAUGGCAGCAGUGUCUGGGACUUGCCGAUAGACUCGGUGGCACAAGCUCCAACGAUCGAGCAGAUGCAGCAGUUUGAGAAGGCAAAGUCUGCAAAGUUGGAGCUGGAGAGGCGGGAGGCGGAAAUGAGAGCAAAACGGGAGGAAGAGGAGCGAAAACGCCUGGAGGAGGCUCUCAGGGCUCGACAGGAGGAGGAGCGGAAGCGGCUGGAAGAGGAGGAGUUGGCGCGACAAAAACAGGAGGAGGCUUUGAGGCGGCAAAGGGAACUAGAGGAGGCGCAACGUAGACAAAAAGAAGAAGAGGAGAGGCUGGCGCAGGAGGAAGCUCUCCGAAAAUUAGAAGAAAGGCGGAGGGAAGAGGAGGAGAAAAAGAAACGAGAAGAGUUCCUUCGUAAACAGGAGGAGGAGCGUAGAAAGCUAGAAGAACUAGAAGCAUUAAGGAGGCGCGAGGAGGAGAAACGGGUGGAGGAAGAGGCGGCAGCAGCAGCUGCGGCGGCUGCUCUCGCACAGCAACAGGAGGAGCAGCGAAGAAGGGAGCAGGAGGCCCAGAGACAACAGGAGCUGCAGAGACAGAGGCAGCAGCAACAGGAGGCCCUCAGACGGCUGCAGCAGCAGCAGCAGCAGCUCGCACAAAUAAAGCUUCCAUCUUCUUCUAAAUGGGGGCAGCAAUCAAUCAACACUACAAACCCAGGUCAGAAUGCUCUGUCGCUGGCAGAGAUCCAGAAACUAGAGGAGGAGAGGGAGCGACAGACACGGGAGGAGCAGAGACGCCAGCAGCAGGAGCUCCUGAAGCAGCAGCAGCAGGUAGCCCUGCAGCAAGCUCAGCAGUCCCAGGCCAAGCUGUCAGGUUGGGGCAACAUGGCCAAACAACCAGCCAUGACCAAGUCUUUACUGGAGAUUCAGAGGGAAGAAGCCCAGCAGAUGAAGCAGCGGAAGGAGCAGCCGCAGCAUCAGCACCCUAUCGCCACCCAACAGACCCGCCCUCAGAACAGAACUAGUCGCCUCUCUUCCCAGACGUCACUCAGUAACUCUGUAUGGGGGUCCGUUAACACCAGCACCAACUGGGGCUCAGAUCCCAGCAGCAUCUGGGGCGACGCCCACAACUCAAACAUGGGCUUCUGGGACGAGGCCGUGAAGGAGGCAGUCCAACAGCAGCCUCCCCAGAACAAAAAAGGCAACUCUCAGAAGAACAAUAAGGGCAACGCCAACCUCAGUAACUCUUUGAGUGGGCGAAGCAGCAAGAAGGUAGAAGAGGAGGAGAAGCUGCUAAAGUUGUUCCAAGGCGUCAGUAAGAGCCAGCAGGACACCUUCAUGCAGUGGUGUGAGCAAACGCUGCACACACUCAACACGGCCAACAAUCUGGAUGUUCCUACGUUUGCAUCCUUCUUGAAGGAAGUGGACUCUCCAUAUGAGGUGCAUGACUACAUCAGGGCCUACUUGGGAGACACUCCUGAAUCCAAGGACUUUGCCAAGCAGUUCUUAGAACGUCGUGCCAAACAGAACGCUAACCAACAGAAGCAGGCACCGUCGAAUCAGCAGCUCGCCAAGCAGCAGCAGGACUCAGUGUGGGGAGGAACAGGACCUUCAACGAUCUAUCAGUCGAACCACCUGAGCAGCCAGCAGCAGCAGCAGCGAUUUGAGACGGUCACCUCAGGGAAGAAGAAAAAGAAGCAGAAGAUGGUGCGAGCAGACCCCAGCCUUUUAGGGUUUUCUGUGAACGCGUCGUCUGAGAGGUUGAAUAUGGGAGAAAUCGAGACUCUGGAGGACUUUUAAAGGGACUGCAGCCGAGCGCCUCCCACUGACUGUAUCCAGUUUGAGCAGCAGCUGUUUUACGUUCUCCUUUACCGUUCCCUCAAGUUUCACCUCUGUUCAGUUUCCAACAAAUGAACAUCUAAAACCUCAACCUCUGAGUCAGGGCCAUCCUGGAGCAAACUAAUUAAAACCUUSAAUAGAAGAGUCUCCAGAGGUUUUGGAUUGUCACCAUCUGGAAACACUUCCAAUGGAUCUCAAAUUCGGCCUCAGUUUGUGGAUUAUUUUUAUUUAAUAAGUGUGGAUAUAAGGGUGGGGUAGUAUGAAGGCAAGGUAGAGAAAUAACAUCCAUUGUUUUUGUUUUAUUUAUUGAAAACCCUCCUCUUCCUCCUUUGCCUCCUCCCUCCCUCUCUUUUCUCAGCUGGUUGUUCGUGGAUAAUGACGGCAAACUAGAGCCCAAGGAUUCGUGCCCACUUAUGUCCUGUUUUAAGGACAUGUUCAAAAGUUCCAACUAGUUAUCUAUUUCUUGUAAAAUACUAGGCUGUUUAAAGAAUAAACUUUCAAUUCUGCAUCUGUAAUAUAAUAUAUGAAACUGAUCUGCUGGAGUCCUACUUUUUUAUUGCAGUCUGAAAUAAAACAGUCUGAUGUGUGGGCUGUUCA